AGGGGAGGGGCGGGGCUGAGCGAGAGGCGCGGCUCGUUACCGGAGGCGCGCGCCACAUCAGUCUGGCCGCAUCACAGACAUGCCGGCUGCCCGCUGAUCUGCAGCAGGUGCGCGUGCGGCUGCGUCGUGACCGUUCUGCCCCACAGACAGGCUGACAGCGGCGGGAAGAGACGCUGACGGUGUCACCUUUACACCCCGGGAAAGCAGGUUCACCCAGAGCCAUGACCGCCAACGACCCCCAGAGUAUUCUCUGUUAUCAGAGACCGGACGAGGAGGUGGUCGUAGAUCAGGGUGGAAUCAGCUCAGUGAUGAACAUUCAUUAUGAGAAGGAGGAGCUAGAAGGUCACAGGACUCUGUACGUGGGGGUCCGGAUGCCGAGGCAGAGCCAUCGUCACCACAAGCCGCACGGAUCCCGCCACCGCAAGAGGGAGCGGCGGGCAGGAAGCAACGCCACGCAGCAGAGCGAGGACAGCGAGGCGAGCUUCCCCAUUCACGACACGCCUUCCCAGCGGGUCCAGUUCAUUCUGGGCACAGAGGAGGACGCCGAGCACGUGUCCCACGAGCUCUUCACCGAGCUGGAUGAGAUCUGCGUGAAGGAUGGCAAGGAUGCAGAGUGGAAGGAAACCGCCAGGUGGUUGAAGUUUGAGGAGGAUGUUGAGGACGGAGGAGAGAGGUGGAGUAAGCCCUACGUCGCUACUCUCUCCCUGCACAGCUUGUUCGAGCUGCGCAGUUGCAUCAUCAACGGCAGCGUGCUGCUCGACAUGCGCGCUGACUGCAUCGAGGAGAUCGCAGACAUGGUGCUGGACCACCAGGAGGCGUCACAUGAGCUGGAUGACACCGUCAGAGUGAGGGUCCGUGAAGCUCUGCUAAAGAGACACCACCAUCAGAACAUGAAGAAGAAGAACCUGAUCCCCAUGGUCCGCUCCAUCACCGAGGGAACGCGCAAACAGUCGGAGGCUUUCCUAUCAGCCACACUGCAUCCUGCAGGGUCAGUCACAUCUCAGCCUCCAGCGGCCUCUGAACCGGCCAAGAACGGGGCGGGACAGGACAGCUCUCAAGUGGACCUUAGCAAGGUAGAUUUACACUUCAUGAAAAAGAUUCCUGAAGGAGCAGAGGCUUCCAACGUGCUGGUUGGAGUUCUGGACUUUCUGGAGAGGCCAGUGGUGGCGUUCGUGCGCCUGUCUCCAGCGGUGGUUCUCACCGGACUCACUGAAGUCCCCAUCCCCACCAGAUUCCUGUUCAUUCUUCUGGGGCCUGACGGAAAGGCUCAGCAGUACCAUGAAAUUGGUCGUUCCAUGGCGACCAUCAUGACCGACGAGAUAUUCCACGAUGUAGCGUACAAAGCCAAGGACAGAAGUGACCUGCUCGCAGGCAUAGAUGAGUUCCUGGACCAGGUGACGGUCCUGCCACCUGGAGAGUGGGACCCCUCCAUCCGCAUCGAGCCCCCAAAGAGCGUCCCAUCUCAGGAGAAGCGGAAGAUUCCAGGAAUCCCUAACGGUGCCCCCUGCCAGGUGGAGGAGGAGCUACAUGCUGAACAACACGGGCCUGAGCUGCAGAGGACUGGAAGGCUGUUUGGCGGUUUGAUACAGGACAUCAAGAGGAAAGCUCCGUUCUAUCUGAGUGAUUUUAAAGACGGCCUGAGCCUCCAGUGCGUGGCGUCCUUCCUCUUCCUGUACUGCGCCUGCAUGUCUCCAGUCAUCACCUUCGGGGGGCUCCUCGGGGAGGCCACAGAGGGGCGUAUUAGCGCCAUAGAGUCCUUGUUUGGUGCGUCUAUGACCGGAAUGGUCUACUCUCUGUUUGCUGGUCAGCCUCUCACCAUUCUGGGCAGCACAGGUCCCGUUCUGGUUUUUGAAAAAAUCCUCUUCAAAUUUUGCAAGGACUACGAUCUGUCCUAUCUGUCCCUGCGGACCAGCAUCGGCUUGUGGACGGCCUUCCUGUGUUUGAUACUGGUGGCCACAGAUGCUAGCUCUCUGGUUUGCUACAUCACUCGGUUCACUGAGGAGGCCUUUGCUGCUCUCAUAUGUCUCAUCUUCAUCUUUGAGGCUUUGGAGAAGCUGUUCCACCUGGGAGAACUGUACCCGUAUAACGCUCACAGCGACUUGGACAGACUCACUCUGGCACACUGUAGAUGUUCAGAACCAGACAAUCCACGGAAUGAAACUCUGAGAAUGUGGAAUGAGAGGAACGUCUCCGCCUCAUCUGUGUCCUGGGACAAUCUGACUGUCAAGGAGUGCAUCAGUCUGCAUGGUCAGUUCGUCGGGACGGCGUGCGGCCACCACGGCCCGUACACUCCCGACGUCCUCUUCUGGUCGGCCAUCUUGUUCUUCUCAACGUUCUUCAUGUCUGCCUCGCUCAAACAAUUCAAGACCAGCCGGUAUUUUCCCACUAAGGUGCGCUCUGUGAUCAGCGACUUCGCAGUGUUCCUCACCAUCGUCAUCAUGGUGCUGCUCGACUUCGCCAUCGGAGUCCCCACACAGAAGUUAAAGGUUCCCAGCAAGUUUCAGCCAACCAGAGACGACCGCGGCUGGUUCAUCAGCCCAUUAGGACGUAACCCCUGGUGGACGGCUGUAGCUGCUGCUAUUCCUGCUCUUCUCUGCACCAUUCUCAUCUUCAUGGACCAGCAGAUCACCGCCGUCAUCAUCAACCGCAAAGAGCACAAACUGCUGAAAGGCUGUGGGUACCAUCUGGAUUUGUUGAUGGUGGGCGUGAUGCUGGCCGUGUGCUCCAUCAUGGGUCUGCCGUGGUUCGUGGCGGCCACCGUGUUGUCCAUCUCUCAUGUCAACAGCCUGAAGCUGGAGUCAGAGAGUGCAGCUCCGGGAGAGCAGCCUCGCUUCCUGGGCAUCAGGGAGCAGAGACUCACCGGCCUGCUGAUUUUCCUGUUGAUGGGCUGCUCUGUGUUCAUGACGAAGGCCCUGCGGUUCAUUCCGAUGCCCGUGUUGUACGGAGUUUUCCUUUACAUGGGAGCCUCUUCCUUAAAAGGAAUCCAGUUCUUCGACCGUCUGAAGCUGUUCGGGAUGCCAGCGAAGCACCAGCCCGACUUCAUUUACCUGCGCCACGUCCCUUUAAGGAAGGUGCACCUGUUCACGGUCACCCAGCUCACCUGUCUGGUUCUGCUGUGGGUUAUCAAGACGUCCCCCGCCGCCAUCGUCUUCCCCAUGAUGGUGCUGGCUCUGGUCUUCAUCAGAAAGCUGCUGGACUUGUGCUUCUCUAAACGGGAGCUCAGCUACCUGGAUGACUUGAUGCCCGAAUGGAAGAAAAAAACGCUUGAUGAUGCCUCCAAAAAGAUGCAAGAGGAAUCGCAAGUCAUGCUGACUUCGACCAAUCAGGAGGCAUCUGUUCAGAUUCCCCUGGAGACCACCAAGCCCUCCCCGAAUCCAAAAGCGCACGAUCCCAGGUGUGAUCCCUCUGACAUUAACAUAUCUGAUGAAAUGUCUAAAACCACCAUGUGGAAAUCUCUCAACUCCAAUCAGAAGGACAUUCGUCCUCUUGUAAAAAAGGAUUGAGGGGAUCACAUUCAUCGAUGAGUAAGGAGAAACAAGAGAUGCAUUACAUCGGGACUCCUCGAGUUCCUGCAGAACCAAGUCCUAACUCGACCUGCAACAUGGAUCUCUGCACAAACACAUGAUGAUCUCCUGCAUUAAAAUGAUGACUCGGCAAAACCUCAUGACGAUAA